AUGGGUAGAAAGGCAAGAUUUAAUGAUGGAAGCAAACCAAAGUCUGGACCAGGAAGAAAAGCUAGAAAACAAAAGGAUCCAGUAUUUCCUCGAUAUUUAUUCAGUGACGAUACGGACAAAACCAAUACUAAAAAAGGAAACAAAUUUCUUUCUGGAGGAAAAAAGAAUAAACUUGCGAAAAAAAAAUCUUUGAAUAAAAAGUUGCUAACUAGUUCAGAAAAUAACCAUAUCGUGAAUGGGGUUUCUUCACCUGAAAGAGUAAAAAAAAAGAUACCCACAAAGAAAACCACAAAGGUCUUGAAUGAAGAAGAAAAUCUAGAAUCAGAUAAUGCAAGUGACUUGAGUAGUGAUUUGGAUUUGCAAGAUGAUUUUAGUGGUGAUUCUGAUGCUUCUGAAAGCAGUCCUGAUUCGAAUUCAUUGAAAAUUGGAGAAAGCAAAUCAGAAAAACAAAAAUCAAACAUUCAGCUUAAUAUUGGCCAUAAUGACAUAUUCACUUUUCCAAGUGAAGAAGAAAUGGAAAAUGUUCAAAGUCUGUCAGAUGUACAACAAAGAAUUAAAGAUGUUCUCAUAGUACUGUCUGAUUUUAAAAAAUUUCGAGACGAAAACAGAAAAAGACAAGAUUAUAUUGACUUAUUAAAAAGAGAUCUAUGUUCAUAUUAUUCCUAUAAUGAAUUUUUAAUGGAAAAAUUUAUGAAUUUAUUCGAACUCAACGAACUUUUAGAGUUUUUAGAAGCUAGUGAAGUACAUAGACCAGUUACAAUUAGAACAAAUAGUUUAAAAACUCGAAGAAGGGAUUUGGCACAAGCAUUAAUAAAUAGAGGAGUUAAUUUGGAUCCAUUAGGAAAAUGGACCAAAGUAGGUCUUGUUAUUUUCUCAAGUCAAGUUCCGAUUGGUGCAACACCUGAAUAUUUGGCUGGGCAUUAUUUAAUACAAGGAGCAUCUAGUUUAUUACCCGUUAUGGCACUGGCUCCUCGUGAAAACGAAAGGAUUUUGGAUAUGUGUUCUGCUCCCGGAGGAAAAGGUUCACAUAUUGCAGCUGUCAUGAAAAAUACAGGAGUACUCGUUGCAAAUGAUGUUAAUGCUGAUAGAAACAGAGCAGUAGUGGGAAAUUUUCAUCGUCUUGGAGUUUCUAAUUCGAUUAUUUGCAGUUAUGAUGGAAGAAAACUUCCGACAGUUUUAAAAGGUUUCGAUAGGGUUUUGCUAGAUGCUCCGUGCACUGGAACAGGAGUAGUUGCAAAAGAUCCAACUGUUAAAACGAGUAAAGAUGAGAAAGAUAUACAAAGAUGUAUUAAUCUUCAAAAAGAAUUAAUUUUAGCAGCAAUUGAUUGUUUAAAUCCUAAUUCUGCUAGCGGAGGUUAUUUAGUUUAUUCCACUUGCUCCGUGUUGGUUGAAGAAAAUGAAUGUGUUGUCGAAUAUGCUCUAAAAAAAAGAGAUGUUAAAUUAGUACCCACUGGUUUAGAAUUUGGUGAGCAAGGUUUUGUAAACUUUCGAGGAAAUCGUUUUCAUUCUACAAUGAAUUUAACGAGACGAUACUACCCGCAUUCGCACAACAUGGACGGUUUUUUUGUGGCAAAAUUGAAAAAGUGUUCGAAUGCAAUAAAAGGAAAUAAAAAAAAUGAAGAGGAAGAAGAAACCGAAACGUUUGUUGUUGAAAACGUUGAAAAUAACGUUCAAGUAAAUAAGAAGACGUUAAAAAAAAGAAAAGCUGAAAAAAAUAUGGAAAACGUUUCGAAUAAACGUCAAAAAAAAGAACCGAAAGAAAAUAAUAAAUCUCCUCAUAAUAACUUAGUCAAAGUCCUUACAAAUUCAAAAACAAAUAAUAUGAAGGGAGUUAAUACUUUAAAGAAAAAUAAGAAAAGAAAUGAUGUGUCAAGUCCGAAAAUCGUGGAAAAAGAGGAAAUCGAAGGGGUGGAUGAUAUUUCAACCCCAAAAAUAAUAAAUUCUUUGAAAAAAAAGAAAAAAACCGUAUUGAGCUCUCCCAUAAGUGGUUCGUUUAUUGUUGAAGACGUGACGGAUUCCGGUAAUUCGAAUACGACUCCGAGUAAAAAACCUUUAAAAAAUAAAAUGUCGCCCACGAGUAAACGUCCAUCGUUGAAACCUUCGGAAAAAAAAGAAAUUCAAAAAAAAUUAGGAAUGAAAGUGGAAAAAGAAUUGAAUAAAUGGAUAGAAGAAGAGCGCAAAAAACAAAAAUAA